UUUCAUAACAUCCGUUUAACCCGGAAGCUUUAACUAAGCCUCCCGUCGUGUGUUGGAUGUUCGCUAGCGAUGAUUUUUACGUCAAGGUUUAGACGUUUUUAAACGAAGAAAUGGCGUAUACAAGCAAAUCUUUGGGCUGCCCUCUCCCUCCAGCCUCCCUCCGCCUGCUCGUCCCCCCGGUGCGACUGAUGGCUGCUUUCACAUGGCGGGUGGUGCAGCAGCACAGCGUGAUGCAGUACGACAAGCUGGUGGACUUCAUCAGUUUGGCCACGGAGGUCGUCCCAGAGCUCCUGAGUCCCGGCCGGAAAGCUCAGCUCAUCCUGGGCCUGAGAGCGAGGCUGGUUCUGGAGCUGUGUCGAGGUGAUGGUGUUGCCAACUUGCAGACCAUCCAGAGCCACCUGGAUAAAAUCCACGCCUGCAGUGCUGAACUGAGCUCCGAUGAGGAUCACAUGGCCACUGGUGAUAUUCUGAAGACCUCUUACAUCAACUUUGCCGGCCUUGUUCAGAACCUGUUGAAUGUCCCUUUCGAAAAGGAGUUCUUCUUCCAAGAGGUUUUCCCCUUAAACUACGGCUCAAACUAUGACCGGAGACUGCAGCAGCUGGUGUCUGAGUUCCUGUCCAGACUGGAGCAGCUGCUGCUCUCUCCAGACCUACAACAGACGGCAGCAUGGCUCACAGAAACGACAUCUGUGUCGGAAGAAUUCGGAGCCAAUCUGUCUGAACCGUUUGCCCUGAAGAGUCUGCUGCUUCAUCACAGGCAGUUGGGGACUCUUAGCGCUGCUCCUUCCAGCAGCAAGGAUGACAUCCUUUUGUCCGUUUUGGCCCUGCCUGCUCAAACUGGAAUGGACGGGUUCAAUGAGCCUUACAGUAAAGACAAUGAUUAUAGCAACGAGGAAGAGACAUUGGAAGAUUUAGAAGGAGAAUCGAGUCAAAGCUCCGACAUCACCGCAGAUGAGAAAAGAGAAUCAGGACCUCUGUCCCGUUUAUUCAUCUGCCCUCAGUGUUCAUUCACUCACCGCAUGAAGAGGAAAGUCCAAGAGCACAUCCAGAGUGAGCACCACCCCGCAAGAGGUCAAAACAAACCGUCCGCGAAGAAAGCCAGAGCAAAGACUCAGCAGAAAGGUAAAGACUUUAAGGGUAAAACAAAGAAACUAGGAGGCAGCUCGGAGAGGAAAAGGAAACAUAAACCAAAGGUCUGUAUUGAGAAAAGGUGCGGACGGAAGCAGAAGAAGGACAACCUAGAAAACAAGGAACAACAAAGACCCACAGAGCACACGGGGGAAGACAAGCGGUUCCUCAGCACGCGGACUGUCAACAAAAACUUUACAGAUGAAGAAACUAAAUGCCUGAAAUGCCCAAAAGUUUUUGAACUUCCAAAUCAGCUGAAGACUCACAUGAAGCUCCACAGCUUCCCGUACUGCUGCAACCAAUGCGAGAAGGGAUUCACCAGCCCGUCGGGUUAUUACCAGCACCAGAGGCUCCACAAGAGGGGACGGAUAUUCGCCUGCAGCCAGUGCAACAAGGGAUUCCUCUGCAACUAUUCGCUCAAGCAACACCAACGCCUGCACGAGGGCCCCACCAACCUGUGCACCAUCUGCGGGAAAAGCUUCAGCAAAGCGGGAAUUACGAGACACAUGCAGAUGCACAAAGGGGAGAAGAACUACCUGUGCACCACGUGCGGGAAGUCCUUUCUGUCCUCCGGGGAGCUGCUGCUGCACACCCGGUCGCACACGGGCGAGAUGCCGUACACCUGCACGCACUGCGGGAAGGGUUUCUCCAGCAAGAGCCACCUGAACGUGCACACGCGCUCUCACACGGGGGAACGUCCGUACGUGUGCAGCGAGUGCCCCAAGCGCUUCCUCACGCUGAACUGCCUGAAGAGACACACGCUCAGCCACAACGGGGUGAAACCCUUCAAGUGUCCCAGCUGUGAGAGAGAAUUCUCCCAGCAGGGGAAUCUGAAAAGACACCUGGCGACUCAUAAACCGGACACGUGAACUAGAUGUACAGUCAGACAGCGGGAUGUAGAUGUAAUUAAUAACCUACCUAAAUAAAAGUUUGUUUUCACAUAUAUGA